GUCAAGUAGCGAGAACCUCCAAAUCUAUAAAUGCUCACCGUCUGAGUCACCAAGCCAUAAACCGCAAGACAUGGUUUGCGAAUCGGCACGUCCUAUACGCGUCCAAUGCUGGCGUUGUUGCAAAUUUGUCUGUUCGCAGCACACACUGACCGCCUUUCCUCAGUCGUAAAUAGUUUAUAAAAGCCAUGGAAUCAAGUUGCUUCUCACUCGAGUGGUUUGUAGAUCAAAUGCCAACUGGACUUGCGACCAAUUCGACGGUUUCAAGCGAGGCUCUUUGAGUGACCGCGGAACUCUUAUGUGCCCUUGAUAGACCAUAGAAAAUGGCCGAUACGAAUGUCUUGAUCAUCGGCUGUGGGGUUGCUGGACCCGUUUUGGCUUUGCUACUGCAGGCCAAGGGUUUCAAUCCGAUAGUCUUUGAGAAGGUUCAGAAGCUUGGAGAUGCAGGCGCAUCUUUGAUGCUAAUGCCGAAUGGCAUGAAAGUGCUAGGUGUCGUGGGGCUAGCCGAAACAAUCUAUUCCUCGUCCUUUCCAAUCGAGGCGUACCAAGAUUACACUGCCAAGGGAGACUUGCUUGGCUCCUCGAUCCUUCCUGGACAAUUUCAGCAGCGAUACGGACAGAAAGCAACAGGCAUUAAGCGUACGACACUGAAUCUCACUCUCAAGGACCGGAUGCUAAGGAGUGGUAUCGAGUUGAGAGAAGGGCGGGAGCUUUGUGACAUCCAGGAGGAUGCAACUUCGGUCACUGCGUGUUUCACCAAUGGCGAACGAGUGCGUGGUCUCUUCCUCGUCGGCUGCGAUGGGAUUAAAGGAGUUUCGCGCAGUUGCUUGCUGAAGCGGAAAGGCAGAGCAGAAUCAGCUCCGAUCUUUACUGGUCUCACCCAAAUAGCCGGAAUGAGCCCGCUGCCUCAGCAAUUGGAAGCGCCUUCGAUGAGAAACUGGUACGGCGAAGGUGUGCAUGUUAUUUCGUAUCCGGUAUCCCGUGAUUGCAUCUCGUGGGCAGUGACACUGCCUCAGGCUGAUGAGAGCCCCGAGUCAUGGCGUCUCUAUGAAGGAGGCACCAUGCAGGCACUCAAGGAAGAGCUCUCGCUCGUCUUGUUGAAAGACUUCGAACCAGGUGUCAUUCAGAUGGUUCAGACGGCGGAACGGUUGCUGAGAUACGGACUGUUCGAUAGAGCUACACUUGAGGUAGAUGAGUGGAACAGCAGCCGAUGUGUCUUGGUCGGUGAUGCUGCUCACCCUACAUCGCCACAUCUGGGCCAAGGGGCUAAUCAGGCAUUGGAAGACUGCUUCCACUUGAGCGAAGCGUUAGGCAACAUUAGUCGGCUGUCCCGUGCCGCGGAUCUUGAUCAACCGGACCUACUUUCCAUCUUCCGACAGUAUGCACGCAGAAGGCAGCCUCGGACAGCAGCAUUGGUCAAGGGGGCACGAGCGGCGGGCGAGAAGCGAGUGGUAACGACAGGGAUGGGGGACUGCGAGGCAAGGAAUAGGAGAGUGGCGGCGGAAUGGCAAGACAUCGUAGGCAUCAGAGCAAAGUUCGACGGUAUAUGCAAAGAGCCCUUCGAGGCCGCAUUUAUCUAACUAGAUGUUUAAUAAAAUAGCAUGAAAAGAA